AAAUAGCUGUAUAAAAACCGCGGGGUCCUUGUCGAAACUAUCACAAACAAUUCAACCAUCGUCCGGUGAACAACAGGAGCUGAGCAAAAUGGUGUCCAGUAAAGUAGUGUGCUUGUUGGCUCUGGCCCUGUUCGGGAGCGCGGCUGCUCAGCCGGCGAAGGAUGCCUUCUGGAAGGGCACGCCCAUGGACGGCAUGGUGGAGGAGAUGCGCUCCGGAUGCGCUGAGGGCGCCGACCCCACCGCCUGCAUCAAGUACAAGGUCAUGUCGCUAUUGGACUCCAUUUUCAAGAAGGACACCUUCCAGAUCUCUGACGCCGUUGAGGUGACGAAGAAUGGUGCUGCCAACGACGUGACUGGCCGCUCAUCUGGCGACUUCUUCGACAGCAUCGAGGGCUUCAUCCAGUCCCACGACGUGACCUUCAAGCUGCCCAUCGCCGACACCCAGAUCACCGUCAGCCCCAGGAACUUGGACAAUGAUGAGCUGUCUCUGAACGUUAAGUUCAACAAGGAAGGUGCCCGCUCAGUCGGUGAGGCUCGCAAGGCCAAGCUCAAGAAGAUCAUCGUCCCCAUCCUCGUGUUCGUGCUCCUCAAGGCCAUGACCCUCAUCCCUCUGGCCAUCGGUGUCCUCGGUCUGAAGGCCUGGAACGCGCUGCAGCUGUCCUUCUUCUCCUUCGUGGUGUCCGUCGCCCUGGCCAUCUUCCAGCUUUGCAAGAAGUUUACCCAGAUCGCGGCCGACAACUCGCACCCCCAGAUCGCCGCGCACGGUCCCUGGGACGCCGCCUACGCUGCCACCCGCCGCCGAAGAGACGCUGAACCCCAGGAGCUCGCUCAAGAACUCGCCUACAACGCUUACCUCUAAACCCGACCACCAACGACCAUCGAAGCCUAUUUACAACUACAACAGCUGCUAAAUAGGCCAACAUAGACCAAAUAAAACGAUUCCGUUCAGAAAUCGUGACCGUGUAAA